AUGGAGCGAUUCGCGGCGUACGACGUCGAGGGGUCGAUCGAGGCGUUCGAUCGAGCGAUCGAGGUGGACGCGCGGUAUCGGGCGCGCGCGUGGCAGCGCGGGUUGGCGCUGUACGCGAAGGGCGAAUACGACGCGGCGGCGAGACAGUUUCGGGAGGACGUGGCGUUGAAUCCGAACGAUACGGAGGAGAGCGUGUGGUGCUUUGCGAGCGAGGCGAUGGAUGCGUCGAAGGGGGUGAAGGUGGCGCGAGAGAGGAUGUUGAAGACGGGACCGGAUGCGCGCCCGGUGAUGAAGAGCGUGUUUCGACUCUUCGAGACGGGGACGGAGGAGGCGGAGGCGGCGCUCAGAGAGGCUGGAAAGCGGUCCGAUGGAGAUACGUUUUAUUCGUUGUUGUAUUUAGGGUUGUUUUAUGAGGUGAACGGCGACGAAGCGCGGGCGCGCGAGGAGUUCUCAAAGGCAAACGGGACGCUCUACGCCAAGUUCUCGGGCGACUUCAUGGCGGACGUCAGUCGCGUUCUUCUCAAGCGCAUGUAG